GCCAGGACUCGCCAAAACUCGGCGAGUCACGGGUCGAGUCACCCUCAGCGAGUCCUGGGUGGCUCGAACCCGGACUCGGCGAGUUUUGGCCGAGUCCUGGUGAGUCCUGGAACUCGGUGACUCGGCUCGGACCCGGCGAGUCCCAAGCCCAAAACACGGCCGGCGUAAACAGCCGAAAAAAGCAAAAAAAAAACAUUUAAAAAAUGGUUUUGCUUGCUUUUUUUUUUCAUUUAUAUUUUUAGCUUAGUUGUAAAAGGCAUCUCAUUUCAUUCUAUUGAAAAAAUAGGAGGAGAAGAGUGAGUUGUGAGGAAAAAGAAGAGAGCAUAGUAGGGCAACCAGCAAGGAGGAGGAGUAGAAUUUCUUCAACAAAUCACAUUGGGGCAGUGUAAUACUUGCAUUUGGUGCAUCAAAAGCUUGUUAGAGAGGAUUGGAAAGAGGUUGCAUUUCAUUUCAACCUUCUUAUAAGAGCAACCUUCAACUUUUGAAAACAAUGUCUACUUCCAGUCCUCCUCAUAGAGCAAUCCCGGGUAGAAAAGAUCCAGCUUGGAAAUAUACAGAACCUUUUCCUGGGCAAAAAAAAGGAGAGGCAAAAUGUAAAUUUUGCAAAACAAUCUUUCAUGGAGGCAUAAAUAGAUUGAAAUACCACCUUGCCGGCAUACGUGGCCAUGAUGCAGAGCCUUGCACAAAAGCACUUCCUGAGGCUAUUCGUGAGUGCCAAGUGCUAUUAGAAAUAUUUGAGACUCGAAAAGAAAUAAAGAAGAGGCAAAGGGAGGAGUUGGCUCAAGCUAGCAUUGGUUGUGUUGGAGAGGCCUCUUCCAUGCCUUCAUAUUGUCCUAGUGGGAGUGCUAGUGCUUCUGUUGCCGGUAGUGUCAGUGCUAGUGGUAGUAUCAAUGCAACUCCAACCAUUGGUCCUAGAGUUCGUAAAUCUAGGAUGGAUUCAUAUUUUGAGCCACGCACUACUCCUGGUGCCCAACCUUCACUUGAGAGCAUGGCUUGGAACAAAGAGGUACACAAUAAGGCUAAAGCUGCAAUUGGAAGAUUUUGGUUUUAUUGCAAUAUUCCAUUCUUCGCAGCCAGGUCUCCUUAUUGGCAAAGCAUGGUUGAUGCCAUUGCUAUUUGUGGGGCGGGUUUCAAAGCCCCUUCUGAUUCCGAGAUAAGUGGCCCAAUCUUGAUAGAAUCGGUGGCUGAUGUAAAAGCCACAUUAGAGGAACAUCGAGAGAUAUGGAAGAAGAAGGGUUGCACCAUCAUGACCGAUGGUUGGACUGAUAGGAGAAAUCGGACGCUCCUAAAUUUUCUUGUUUCUUCUGCAGGUGGCACCAUGUUCAUUAAGUCCAUUGAUGCUUCCGCACAUUCUAAAAAUGCCACUUACCUAUGUGAGGUUAUAGAGGAGGUCAUAUAUGAAGUGGGCGAGGAGAAUGUAGUACAAGUGGUGACCGAUAAUGCAGCAAAUUAUGUUGCUGCAGGUAAACUUUUGAUGGAGAGGCACCCAUCUAUAUUUUGGUCUCCUUGUGCUGCCCAUUGCAUUGACCUCAUGUUGGAGGACAUUGCUAAGAUUGCAUGGAUCAGGACAUGUGUAGAGAAGGCAAAAAAGAUUUGCAAAUUUGUAUACAAUCAUGCAUGGGUCCUUAGCUUAAUGAGGCAAUACACGGGGCAGAAGGAGUUGGCUCGUCCUGGAAUCACUAGAUUUGCCACUAACUUCAUCACAUUGCAAUCCUUGAUUCGCAGUAAGGCAGCUUUGAGAUGUAUGCUUGUUGGUGAGGAGUGGACUUCCUCAUCCUAUCCUACGAGUGUUGCAGGAGUUGAUGUUGCAGAUUACAUUUUUGAUGAGCCAGGCUUUUGGACCCCUUGUGCUGAGAUCGUGAAGUUCAUUGAGCCCUUGGUAGUUCUCCUACGUGUUGCUGACGGGGAGAAGCCCGCAAUGGGCUACAUAUACGAGGGCAUGGAUAGGGCCAAGGAGGGCAUCAGAUCUGCCUAUGAAGGGGAUGAGAGUAAGUAUCGUCCCAUUUGGGAUAUCAUUGACAGGAGAUGGCAGACCCAGCUUCACAGGCCCCUUCAUGCAGCUGCUUAUUACCUCAAUCCGGCAUUCCAUUUCCGCCCUGAUUUCAAGGCGGAUGAGGAGGUUCUUAGUGGGCUCUACUUAGUGAUAGAGCGAAUGUCGCCUGGUCAUAGCAGCAAUAUAGUCCAGGAGCUGGAGGCUUUUUCUAAUGCUGAAGGGGAGGUCUUCUCUCGUAUGCUUUGCAAAGAAAAUCGGACAAAAAUGCAGCCAGAUAGGUGGUGGCAGAUGUUUGGUCCUAAAACACCAAAUCUUCAACAGGUAGCCAUUCGUAUUUUGAGCCAACCAUGCAGUGCUUUCGGUUGUGAGCGCAAUUGGAGUAUGUUUGAGCACAUACACUCCAAGAGGCGCAAUAGACUGUCUGUGGAGAGGUUGAAUGAUCUAGUCUUUGUUCAUUACAACCUCCGUCUUAGACACAAACAGGUUAUGGACCAUGACAGCACCCCGAUCACGCUAGAGGAGGUUGAUCCAGAAUCUGAGUGGAUCAGUGAGGCUACAGAUCCUAUGUUUGGUGAUGAGGACUUAGAUUGGAUUGACGAGGUAGAUAGAGAGGCUGAGGUUGUAGCCAUGGCAGAGGAGGAGGUUAGAGCGCGAGGAGAGCCAGAGCCAGAGCCAGAGCCAGAGCCAGAGCUAGAGCCAGACACAGCUGAUGUUUGUGAGGGUAGAAUGGAGUCACGGGCAGAGAGUAUGGCUGUUGAUGCAUCUAGGACCUACCUUAGGGUUAGACGCCUUUGUAGGAAGGACCCAGGCUCCUUUGAGCCAUAGACUUGUAGUUGUUUUACUUUUGAUAUAUGUGUGGAACUGGAACAUUUGAAUUUUGAUGUCAUGGAUUUGAUAUUCCAUGAGUUUUGUAAUAUUUUUACAUUUGACACUAUUUAUAUAUCUAUGGUUAUUGGUUGCUAUUUCCUUCAGCUACAAUUUGUGUUUAUACUAAUGUGAUCGAUGUAUACUUGUGUAUGUGAUCAAAUUAACUUCUAUUUGAUGAUGUUAUUGUGUAUUUAAGGUUUGUUUAAUAAAGGGUGCAUGAAAC